CCAUGUUUGAUUUGGGAAAUAUGUUAUUUGUCCUUUUUAAGCGCAGAUUCCGUUCUGAACAAAUAUGAUGACCCCCACUUCGCAUCGCAAUGAGUUUAGUGCAGGGAUGAAGUUGUGCGUUUCAGGGAGUCGGCAAAGAUGGCGGCGUUGUGGCACCUAAGGUUUCUAAGUGUGUUCGUGAUAGGAAACAAGGUUUUCGCUGAUUUGACAGAUGGAAACAGUGAAUACUUGAAGAGGGAGCACUCGCUUAUCAAACCAUACCAGGGAGUGGGGUCCAGCUCAAUGCCAAUGUGGGAUUUCAGUGGAAGCACAAUGUUAACCAGUCAGUAUGUGCGUCUCACAACUGAUGAGAGAAGCAAAGAAGGCUCAAUCUGGAAUAGAUUACCUUGCUUUUUGAAAGACUGGGAAUUGCACGUUCAAUUCCGGAUCCAUGGAUCUGGAAAGAAAAACCUUCAUGGAGAUGGUUUUGCCCUGUGGUAUGCAAAGGAUCGAUUACAGCCUGGGCCUGUUUUUGGAAACCAUGAUAAGUUUCAUGGUCUGGCAGUGUUUUUGGACACUUAUCCAAAUGAUGAAACAACAGAGCGUGUUUUCCCCUAUAUCUCUGUAAUGGUGAACAAUGGCUCCCUGGAGUAUGACCACAGCAAAGAUGGACGAACAGUAGAACUGGCAGGCUGCACAGUUGAUGUCCGCAAUAAAAACCAUGAUACCUUUCUUGCUAUUCGCUAUUCUCAGGGCCGUCUUACGGUGAUGACUGAUAUUGAAGAUAAGAAUGAAUGGAAGAAUUGUUUAGACAUAUCUGGGGUCCGGUUACCAACUGGUUAUUAUUUUGGAGCAUCUGCUGCAACUGGAGAUUUAUCAGAUAAUCAUGAUAUAAUUUCAAUGAAGCUUUACCAGCUGAUGGUUGACCAUUCAUCAGAUGAUGAGAAUAUCGACUGGACUAAGAUAGAGCCCAGUGUAAGCCUGCUAAGGUCCCCCAAGGAUAAUGUAGAUGACCCAACUGGGAAUUACCGCGGUGGCCCACUGACAGGCUGGAAGGUUUUCUUGCUACUGCUUGCUGCCCUUCUGGGUAUUAUUGUGUGUGCUGUUGUAGGAGCUGUUGUGUUCCAAAAACGUCAAGAAAGGAACAAAAGGUUCUACUAAUUAGACUCUGGCAAAUGAAGCUAAUGCCCUUAUGCAAAUGUGAACUUUUUUCCCCCAUCCCUUCUUUAAAUAUGGAUUGGACAGAUAAGGAUUAUCUUAAGUAGGCUAAAAAAUAAUUUAAUGUAUUUUCAUAACUGUUCAUUGAUGGUUAAAGGAAUCAUGAUAUUAAGAAGUGGUUGGGAAGGCUCAAGCUGAGCUGUCUGGUUUUUGUCUUUUAUUUGAUUUUUUUUUUAUUAUAAUAAUAACAACCUAUCUUUUACUUGCAUUUGCUAUGAAACUCUCUUCUGGGCAAGCAAAAAUUAAAUGACAUAGAUGUUGCUUGGUUGUUGAUAUGCAACUCCUGUACCACCUCAAUGGUGCAAAGCAUCUUUUUACUGACUGCUAUAUGAUUCAGCUUGCCAGCGCAGAAUCUUGUGGAAUCUCUGAGUAAGUGAGUUUUGGAUACCACAAAUUUAUCUCUGGAACCUUCAUGAAGAAAGGCUUGGCUGUUCAGUCUACUUCUGGUUUCUUGCUGGUUGUAAAAUGUUUACAUGACAUGAAUUGGGGAAAAAGACUUUUAGCUUUUGUCUGCACUACAUAUUCCUUCAGUAUCCUGGGAAUGAUUUGAAGCCACUAGAUGCAAUGCAGGCUUUCUGGGGGUGGGCUUUAUAUUUUUAAGAAAAUUUAAGGAGGUGAAUCCAGUAAAAGUACGGACAGUUGAACAUGUUACUGAGAUUGUUGCCAAAUAAAGAAAAAA